AUGACUUGUUUUUCGCCAGCAGCACUGAGUGCGCCGUCCAGAAUCCCCGCUACAGAGCCGACGGCUGUGCCGCCGCUCGGCGGGUGCGACGCCCCCGUCCGGCAGGCUAAACGCCGUCGACCCGGGAUCGCCCGUCGGAGGGCGUGGGGCGAAGGCCGCGCGGCGGGCGUAUCCGCCUCACAUAAUGACCCCGCGGCCCGGCCCGGCCGUGUGGUAACUGUUAGUCACAGCACUGUGACUCAACAGAGCAAGUGGACGCCGCUUUGGCAACAGCUCUUCGCUUCCCGCUACUCGACCUCCGGUCGGCAGCCGGGAGCGCCAUUCUCCAAGGCCGCACCGCCGAGUGACCAGAGGCCCGCAGUCUGCGGCCGGGGCGGAAGAGAAGAAAAAAGCCGGCGGGGCGAGGCUGGCCCGCCGUCUCCAGACAGCGUGACGCCGGCCCGCCAGCGUGAAACCACAGGUAACACACGCCGAACGUCGCGGCACCGCCGCUCCGCUCUGGAGCACGUGUGCUCCCCUCCGGGGCGGACAAACACGCCCAGCCAGACAGCCCGUCGGCCGGCGCAUGUGCCUAAACUGUUUACGCUGCGCGCGCCGCAGUCAGCUGAUCGUGACAGCUCGCCUCCUCCGCCGCCGCCGCCGCCGCUGCCGCCUCCUCCGCAGAAGCAGCAGCAGCAUCGUCCGCCAAGCAGACAACGCGGCUGCUACACGGCAGCGGCGGCGGCAGCUGGCGGCGGCGGCGGCAUCUGCGGAGCGUCACGAUCUGCGAGCUACGUGACGGCCAGAGUUACGGCUGUCGGGCCGAGAUGUCGGCUGCAGAUUAGCCGUCCGCGGGCGGCCGCGGAUAGGCCGAGGAUCGCCGAGAUACGCCGGCAGCGCAUGACGGCCGUGGGAAGCCCGCUGCCGUACACAUCGGCGUCCCGGCCCCAUAUGAGAGCUCUCCGGAGGGCGGAGUCUGCCCUGCGCCACGCCGCCUUGCUGCGUGCUCCGGAGGACACAACACAGCAGCGGCAGAAAAGGCGCGAGGAAUCUGCAGGAAAGGGAGCGCCGUGCACUCCUCUGACUUAA